ACAAAGCCAAAGUACAGUUUCUCUGAUUUAUCUCAUAAAAAGGAACAUCUCUCUUUGUCCAGUCAGUGCUUCUCUGUCUGCGCUUCAACCAGGAGAAGAGCGAUGGCAGAUUGGAUGAAGAGUUGGAGGCUCCUGAUCCUCUUCAGCCUCCUCAGCCUCACUGAACUAAUGGAGGUGAGAGAUGAAGAGUGGAAGGAGCUCAGCCCGGAUAUCGCUGCACUACACCAGCUCAGAGGACUGUCUGAACACAUGUUUCAUGAAAAUAUCAGGAAACCACCGAACCACAGGUCUCUUGUUAUGAAGUUUUUCUCACCUCUCCAUAGGGAGGACAUUGACCAAAACCCGAUGACUUUGCUGGCUGAUCUUCAGGAGAAUGAGAAUUUCACAGCUUCUGUCAUUCAGAAGGAACAGGAGGACGAGGCUUUUAGCAGCGUGACGGAGGUUCGUGGGUCAAAGUUCAACGAUGCCAUCAGAGGGAACAAAGAGCACAAUGUUAUUGUCCCAGGAGGAGGAGAUGAUUUCAUCCAGGGUAGAGGAGGAGAGGACUGGUACGUUAUCACACCGGGCCAAGGAGUCAAAACCAUCAACAACCAAUCACCAGAUCUAGCCUUGGAUAUUCUCUUUCUGAAAGAACAAUACGAGAACAUAACAUGUUUUUGUAAAGGACAGAGCAUCAUCAUUUUGGUACACGGUGGAGAAGAUGUUAUUUUACAGAACUGGUUUGAUUCAAAGUUUCAUCAGCACCUGCAGAUUAAAACCAGUGAUGGAAUAACAGCUGGACUGAUGACCAACCGCAGCAGCUGUGAUGAGUCUUUAAUGUUCCCCCUAACUGUUGAUUAUAGAAACCAGAAACCUGAACUACUUAAUUUGCUCCAAACACAUCUCCAGAAACGCUCAAUUAUUGUAGAAGAUGAGUCUGAAAAUGAGUGUUUCACAUAUAGAAGAAAUAAUUCACAGAUGAAGCGAGUCUUCUGCGGCCUUCAAGGCAAAGUGAUGAUGAUGAAUAAUUAUGAUUCAGUGAAAGAAAUGUACGGUUCCUCAGGUUUCGACAUCAUGGUUGGGAACAGCAAUGAGAAUCUGCUUGAUCCGUACACCGGGGGUGCCUUAAUGUUUGGAGGUGAAGGAAAAGACACUUACGUAAUCAAACAAGGAUAUGGAAACGACUCAAUGAUCGAUAACUUUGCAGAAGAUGAGAGUAUUGAUACUGUGUUGGUUGACAUGGAUUAUCUUCAUGGCAGUCAAGUCACACUGGACUCAUCAACAGAAGAUCUGGAGGUGACGAUCACAUCAAAAGAAGAAAAACUAAAAUUCACUCUGCUCAACUACACCAAUGGUUACCAAUAUCAGCACUUAGAAUUUCAGAGCUCUGAUGGAGUGAAUUUUGAAUUGAAAUCACUAAACUCAACCGGAGAUGUUGCUUUUUUUGACACUGAAGCUUUCAAAGUGACUCUGAAACAGCUGCAGGUUGACUGCCGCUUGGACCUCAACUCUAAGAGGAAUCUGUCAAAGGUCCACACGGUGCAAGGCUGUCCCUCCCAGUCCAAUGACAUAUUAGGUAACAAUCAAGACAACGCUGUGAUUGGUGGGUGGAAGGAUGACGCCUUGGAAGGAGGCGCUGGAGAUGACACGCUGAUCGGAGGGAACGGAGACGACAUCCUGAUUGGUGGCUUGGGAGACGACACUCUUUAUGGCGAGGACGGAAAUGACACUAUGAUGGGAAACUCUGGUCGGGACGUCUUCCUUCCUGGACCAGGGGCUGAUCUGGUGGACGGCGGUCCUGGCAGAGACACGGUUGUGUACCGGGGCGAUCCUGACACAGGUAAAGGAGUUUAUGUCAACCUGCUGACGGGACAAGGCCGCUACGCCGAUGCUGAGGGCGACGUGUUGAAGGAUGUAGAGAUAGUCAUCGGCACCAUCUACUCUGAUAUCUUGGUGUCCGGUUAUGAAAGUUCUCUUUUCAAAGGCUCGGACGGCAAUGACAUCUUGGUGUCCACCGGUGGCGAUUACCUGGUCGGCGGUGAUGGAAAUGACAUUUACAUGUUGGCUUUCAACCACGGUUCAGUCACGGUUGAUAACUGUGCCAAAGACAACGCUACAGACGUCUUGUACAUGAGCUCACAGUCAAUGCCGCCAUUUGACUGCCAACUUUUGUCUGACAGAGUUCUCCUGACUUUCUUUGGACUUAACCAAACUACUAUUAAAAUUGCACUGCAGGGCUGGAUCAGUGAUGAGAACGAAUGUGGUCAUUUGAAGUUGGUUUUUAGAGAUCAGGAGGUGUCGGUGGACCAGCUGCUGCAAGAGUGUCAGUUAAGACAGAAGAAAUCAGUUUGGUCUCCAGCCAUAAAGAUCAUCAUUUAUGUCCUCUUCUUUUUCAUUUUUUCAGUUUUCAUUUUUCAAACAAGCAGAACAUUAGUUUUAAGGGCAAAACAACAAAAGAAACGGGAACAAACAAAUGUUGAUGCAGUAUCCGUUUCUAUGCUGGCUCUAUGAUAAUGUAGAGUUUAAUCUUUAAAGGCAAGAACACAGUUUGUGAAUUUCAUUGAUCAUUUGUCAUUUUAUCUUAACUGAUGCCGUGCCCUUUCAAACAUGUCUGUUUAGGACUGAUUGUUUGGCUUCCUGUCUUGCUGCUUGUAGCUUUCUCCAGAACCACUGUACCCCAAAAUGACUUAAAGAAGGACCCCAAAGUAACCCACUGUGUACUACUAGGCUUGUUUUAGAUGAGCUGCACCUUGCCCCCUGCUGGGUGGUGACAAAAAGCUGCAGUCAAGUCAGACAGUUUUCAGCCUUCAGUCUAAACAGGAAUUUACAGAAACACUCACUUCCUGUUGAGUCUGAUUCGGAUUUAUUAAAAUGUUAUUGUACCCAUAUAUCUGCUUGUUUAGAUUCUGACAGAGUAGCUGUUACAGUUUUUCACGAUCACUAUGACAAUUU